ACUCAGUCUCUAUUGUAUGGGACACUAUCAGGAGGAGGCAGCCUUGUGUUGACUGGUGGAAAGUUGUUUGGAACAAAUUUGGGGUUCCUAGGAAUAGUGUUCAGGGCAGCAAAGGAGUCUCGGGAUCAUCUUUUCUGUGGUGUGAUUGAAGCUUUGAUCUGGUGUUGGUAUAUUAGUGCGGUUUGGAAGGAAAGAUGUAGAAGGGUUUUUGGUGAACACCAGUAUGCUGCUGGUGUAUUGGCAGAGCAGCUCAAGGAGGAUAUUAGGCUGUACACUGUGGCACGACCUGAAUUCCAACUCCUCUUG